AAAAAUUACGUGAGAAUGAUGGGGGAAUAAAGAAAAUAGGCUUCUCUUUCGCUCGUUGCCUUUUCAUCUGUCAGCUUCCUUAUUAUUAUUAUUAUUAUUAUUAUUGAUAAAGUUUUACUCGUUGGGUCUCUUCUUCUUUAUACACAAUCCCAGUUUCAAAUUUUCUACUUUUUCGUUCUACCCAUUACAAUUUUUUCACCAAGUUUGAAGCUUUGCUGCUUUUCAACCAGACCCAUCUUCUCCUUUUUCAUAAUGCAUGAUUGAUUCAGAGCUAAUGGUUUGCUUCUUGAUAAGUCGUUUGUUCUGAAUCUUCUCAUCAGUCACUGGGAACUAACUACAAAGGAGUAUUAUGAUCAUGCAAAAAGAAAGACGACCAGUGAAAUUUUAGCGGAAUGAGACAUGGAAGCUGAAAUUGAGGAGAUGAGAGUCUUUUGGUAGACCCUCUGUCUGUAUGGGAGGCUUAUUACACUUUUUUGAUUUCAAUCAAGGGAGGAUGGCCAAGAAAGUCCAUGCUCAUAAGAGACAUCAUGCUGGCCUUGAAGCUCCUCGCAAUAGUCUAGAUCUGCAAGUAGAAACACCUCAGAACUACUGUCCAGAAGGAGAAUUACCAUACAAUUAUCAAGUAGAAGAAGAAGACAGGUCUGAGAAUAAACCCUGUUCAAACGUGGGAUCAAUGAAAAAACUGAUCAAUGAGGAGCUAUCCAAACGAUCAAGCACCAGACAAAAUGCACCAAGCCUUGUGGCAAGGUUGAUGGGGAUAGAUAUGAUGCCAUUAGACACUAAAUCUGUUAUUCCAUCAGAUAAAAGAGUGAGUGAAAAUAAAGGGAGCAAGUUUUCAGACAAAGGAAUGAAUCGAAGGGGUUCAGCUAGUUGGGGUUCUUCUAACUUUAAUUAUUCUAGCCAGAUGGAAUUUGAUUCAUUUUAUGAAGUCAUAGAUGAUGAUGAUGAUGAUGGAUGGAACCGGAGUUUUGGAGAACCAAGGCCGCGGGAACAUCCUCAGGAAGAGGAACUCCAGAAAUUCAAGAAAGAGUUUGAAGCAUAUCAAGCAGCAAGGUUUCUGGAGUGUUCAAAGGUUGCUGAACUUGUUCAAGAGAACCUGAACAAGGAAAAGGUGGCACAUAAUGAUGCAAGUUAUCUGAGAGCAGCAACAGGUAAAUUUGCAGAACUUGACUGCCACUCUUUCAAAACUGAGCUACAUGACAGUUAUGGUUCAGAAUAUCAUGGUAAUAUGGUGAAGUUAAUCCCCGCUAUGCAAAGGAAAACCUUUCCUUCUAGGAGCAGAACACUAAGCAGAGACUUUGAGGAGUCCUUAAUGAUGAAAUCUUCUAAUAGAUUAGGUACAUCUUCUCCCACUCGGAUAGUUAUCUUGAAGCCUGGUCCUGAUAGCAUUUGCAACCUUGAAGAGAAUUGGACAAGUUCAGCAAGUACUAUACAAGGGAGAAAUAGUAUAGAAGAUUUUCUUGAGGAGGUGAAAGACCGUUUGAAAUGUGAACUGCAAGGGAAAAAUGUCAAAAAAGGUUCUGUGGUUCGAGGAAGUGGAAUUGAGACACCUUACAAUGAAAAACCACCUGAUCCUAAACUAAUAGCCCGUCAUAUAGUAAAGCAAGUCAAAGAAAGUGUAACAAGAGAUGCUGACACAAAUUUACUCCAGUCAGGAUCAAUAGGAUCAUACAAAAGUGAAAUGCAGUUCAAUGGACCAAGCUCUCCAGAAUUUAUCAGUAGAGAUACCAGGAGGUUCUUGUCAGAGAGGCUAAGAAAUGUUGUAAAAAGUGAAACUCAUGUUCCUGAGGGGAAAUCAAGGUCACUUUCAUUAGACAAUCAAAAAGUUAUGCUAAAGCAAACGGGGGAUGUUAUGAAGUAUGCAAAAAACUGGGAAAUUUCCAAAGAUGAAACAGAAAUACAAACAGGAUCUUUUAGGCAUGAACCAGAUGACAAUAUAUUGCUACAAAAGGAGUUGUCCCCUAGGAACCUAGUAAGAUCCUUGUCUGCUCCUGUAUCACGGUCAGGAACAUCAUUUGGGAAGCUUCUUCUAGAGGACCGCCACAUUUUAACUGGUGCUCAUAUUCGGAGGAAGCUUGAAGCUGUUGAAUCUAUGCCUAUUGAUGUCAAGACACGGAAAAAGGAUAGAUUUAAUAUUAAAGAAAGAGUCUCCAAUUUUAGAUAUAGUCUUGCUCUUAAAGGGAGGCUUUUUGGCAAAAGGGUUCAAUCGAUGGUGGAAUCACAUGGCAAUGAAUAUGGUCCCAUGGCAAGAGAUGUCACAAGUGGACCAACAGUUCUCAUGAACUGCGGUGAGAGGCAUGAAAACUCAACUGAGGUACCUCCUAGUCCUGCAUCUGUGUGCAGCAGUGUUCAUGAAGAAUUUUGGAGGCGAGCUGAAUAUUCAAGUCCAAUGUCAACUCCUGAUGUGUCUUCAAGAGAUGAUAAUGUUGUUCCCCAGAUUUUCAGAGAUAUCAGCUCUGGCUUGAAUGAGCUAAGGAGACAACUGAAUCAACUUGAGUCUGAUGGUCCUGAGGACUUCACUAUGAAACAGGAGUCUGUUGAGUCUGAAUUAGUGCAAUUAGAGGAUCCAGCAGAAUCUUACAUAAGAGAUCUCCUGGUAGCUUCUGGUUUGUACUUUGGUUCAUGGGAUAAAUCUUUAUUAAGAGGGGACACAUUUGCAAAGCCAAUUGGCAAAUCUGUUUUUGAAGAAGUGGAAGAAUCUCAUAAGAAAUUGGUCAAGGAAAACGAUGAAAGUUCUACAAAGGGUCAGAAUGAGGGUAGGCUAGACCACAGGGUUUUGCUUGAUUUGUUAAAUGAGGCACUUUCAGUAGUUCUUGGACCACCUUUGACAUUGUCUAGAUUCAGAAGGCAAUUUAGCAACUCUUCCAUGUUGCCACCACCUUGUGGAAAGGAACUGUUGAACUUAGUAUGGGACAUUAUCAGCUUUUCUUUAUAUCCUCCAUCUGAUAUAUCUACUUAUUCACUUGAUACUUUGGUGGCUCAAUUCCUAGGAUCCAUCCCUUGGUUUGGAUUAAUAAAUGAUGAGAUCAGUACAUUGGAAAGAGAUAUAGCAUGUCUAAUAACUGAUGAUCUGGUUGAAGAACUCACAAAGGAUAUGCUCUAAGAUGUAAUGAGAAGCAUCAUUUUUCAUGACCAUUGUGACAACAAAGAAUUCUGCACAUGGAGCAAGGCUUACACAUGAUUACCGAAAUUGGAAGAUAACCAUCUAAUUGAUAUAGCCGUGUUAAUUUAAUACUGCAUGAAUAUUGUGUAUAUAUAUAGGAAUUGGUGUGUUUGUAAUAUAGAGGCAUUGAGUUGCUGUAAUACAUACUGUAUAUGAGUGUUAUGAUUUGUUAGGUUAUUUUCUUCAAAGCAGAAAAACAAUUGAUUAUAGUAUUUUUUUUUUUUUUAAUUUUUGGAAAUGUGUUAAAGUUGUUAUUCUUACGGAAGUCAAAUACCAAUAAUGAAUCAUGGGAGAGUGAGAGGCAUCUACUUGUACCAAAUAUCAUGAAUGAAAGUCAAAUUUGAU